UUUCAAGUCAUGCAGGCCAAGGUUACUGUGUCACGCGGGGUCAAGAUCUCAAAGAGAUCGAGCGCCGAUGCAAGCGCUUUGGGAGCCCGGCCAAAGUCAUCUGCACGAGCAAUAAUACGCAUUCCCCAACACUCGUAGGACACUUUCCAGUCACACCCAAACCCAACAAAAUGGCCGUCGCUAUGCGCUCCGCUGCCAUGCCCUCGCUGGCCUCGCGCCCGCGCGUCUCCAGCCGCCGCUCCGUGGUGGUGCGCGCUGAGGCCAGCAACAAGUCGUUCCCCCGCGACUGGGUGAAGACUGACCCCCUGGUCCCCGUCCUGGGCUUCGCUGGCUGGACCAUCCCCGCCAACAUCGGCGUGUCUGCCUUCGGCGGCCAGUCCCUGUUCGGCCUCUUCACCCAGUCUAUCGGCGAGAACCUGGCCCACUUCCCCACCGGCCCCGCUCUGGACGACAAGUUCUGGCUGUACCUGAUCACCUACCACCUGGGUCUGUUCCUGACCAUCACCCUGGGCCAGAUCGGCGUGCAGGGCCGCAAGCAGGGCUACUGGUAAAUUACGAGCCCUCGUGGCUUGACGCCCUUGUCUCUAGCUGAUGCGCAUCCGCCGUGUGAAGUACGUGGCAGCGCAGAGGAGGAGACGGGCAACAGCAGUUGAGGAGUGGUAGGCGUACCGGCAGCAGCUUUGCUCUCAUGCGCACUGCUUGGUGCUGAGGCGCCGCACCCUGGAGCCAAGCGGUCGUACUUUGUGGGCACGCGUCCGUGUGCGUAUGCGUGAGGCAUGGUGGUUCUAGAGUGUUGGGAAUCGCUGCAAUUGGAGGCGUAGGGGACAUAAGCUGUAUCCUCGUCUGCUUGUUGUAGCGGCGGAAGCGGUCCCCUGCGCACCUACGUGACUGGAGGGUUGCGGAGGCGCCGCUGCGUUCGCGUGUGGAUUCCAGUGAAGCUGAGAGCAUCACUGGAUCCAAAAGUUUUGGAGAAGAGACACAAACCUGUACUUAGAAGCCCGCUUGAAGGGGGCCUUGUCAUCUUGAGGCGUGGCUUUCCAUGUACUAUCAUAUCGCUGUAAAAAAAACCGUUC